UAGCAGCGGGAACUCUCAGCCGUCUAGGGGAAGCCUGGAAGGAUGAAGAGAACCAAGCCGCGGUCCUUGGCUGGGAGAGGUGCUGGCCAGAGCUCGCGCCAGGUGCACCGUCACCCCGAAUCCCCGCCCAGCACAAACCUUUCUCCUCUGAGAAGCGUGCCUGGGUCGCUUUUGGUUGGCUGCUCGAGUCCCGGAGUUGAACUUUCAGCCAAUGAAAAAGGGCAUGAGGCGUGACGCACGGAAACGUCACGGGAAUUCCCCCCUCCCGGGGGCGGAAAAGGGGCUUUCCCCGCUGCAGUCCGGGUAACACGAGCGGUGUCCCCACCCGUCCGAGGCGGGUCGGACGCGGAGAGUAGCCGGAACCAGAGCCGUCGCCACGCUCCGGAUCUCGCUUUCCACUGGAUCUUACCCGCCACACCCGGACGGGCGACCGGAGGAGAUCAGACCCUCCCCCAAAUCUGGACACCCCUUUUCCGCCCACCCCAUCCUGAUUUGUUCCCUACCCACCCCCCUCCACACACACCUUAGGCGGGAGCCUAAAACUCUUGAGAAGCAGAACCAGGGGCUGAAGCCAACAGACAGAGCCGGGCCUAGCCCAGAGACAUGGACAGUUGCUACGACCCAGGUCUGGAUGGCAUUGCUGAAUAUGAUGAUUUCAAAUUCAGUCCCUCCAUUGUGGAACCCAAGGAGCCGGUCCCUGAGACAGCUAAUGGCCCCUACCUGGUGAUUGUGGAACAGCCUAAGCAACGAGGCUUCCGAUUUCGAUAUGGCUGUGAAGGUCCCUCCCACGGAGGCCUGCCAGGUGCCUCCAGUGAGAAGGGUCGUAAAACCUAUCCCACUGUCAAGAUCUGUAACUACGAGGGUCCUGCCAAGAUUGAGGUGGACCUGGUAACACACAGUGACCCACCUCGUGCUCAUGCCCACAGCCUGGUGGGCAAGCAGUGCUCAGAGCUGGGGGUCUGUGCCGUCUCUGUGGGGCCCAAGGACAUGACUGCCCAAUUCAAUAACCUGGGUGUGCUGCAUGUGACCAAGAAGAAUAUGAUGGAAAUUAUGAUACAAAAACUUCAGAGGCAAAGGCUCCGCUCCAGGCCCCACGGUCUUACAGAGGCCGAGCGGCGGGAGCUGGAGCAGGAGGCCAAAGAGCUGAAGAAAGUGAUGGAUCUGAGUAUUGUGCGUCUGCGCUUCUCUGCCUUCCUUCGAGACAGCGACGGCUCCUUUUCCCUGGCCCUGAAGCCAGUUAUCUCCCAGCCCAUCCAUGACAGUAAGUCUCCAGGGGCCUCAAACCUGAAGAUUUCUCGAAUGGACAAGACAGCAGGCUCUGUACGGGGUGGAGAUGAAGUUUAUCUGCUUUGUGACAAGGUGCAGAAAGAUGACAUUGAAGUUCGGUUCUAUGAGGAUGAUGAAAACGGAUGGCAAGCCUUUGGGGACUUCUCUCCCACAGAUGUUCAUAAACAGUAUGCCAUUGUGUUCCGGACACCCCCCUAUCACAAGAUGAAGAUUGAGCGGCCUGUAACGGUGUUCCUACAACUGAAACGCAAGCGAGGAGGGGAUGUCUCUGACUCCAAACAGUUCACCUAUUAUCCUCUGGUGGAAGGUGGAACUGGGCUUGAGGAUCCCAUAGGGCUGGGCUGGGCUGGAGGUUUCCCAGGAGACAAGGAGGAGGUGCAGCGGAAGCGGAGGAAGGCCUUGCCUACCUUCUCCCAGCCCUUUGGAGGUGGCUCGCAUAUGGGAGGAGGCUCUGGGGGCUCUGCUGGGGGUUAUGGAGGAGCUGGAGGAGGAGGUGGCAGCCUCGGCUUUUUCCCCUCCUCCUUGGCCUACAGCCCCUACCAGUCCGGCGCGGCACCAAUGGGCUGCUACCCGGGCGGCGGGGGCGGAGCGCAGAUGGCCUCCUCGGCGCCCCGCAUGGAUGCUGGGGAGGAAGCAGCAGAGCCCAGCGCGCCCCCCGGGAACCCCAAGGGCGAACCACAGGCUCCCGACGCGCUGCAUCUAGCUCGGGAGUACAACGCGCGCCUGUUCGGCCUGACGCAGCGCAGCGCCCGAGCCUUGCUAGACUACGGCGUCACGGCAGACGCGCGCGCGCUUCUGGCAGGACAGCGCCACCUGCUGACGGCUCAGGACGAGAACGGGGACACGCCGCUGCACCUGGCCAUCAUCCACGGGCAGACCAGUGUCAUUGAGCAGAUAGCCCAUGUCAUCUACCAUGCCCAGCACCUCGGUGUUGUCAACCUCACCAACCACCUGCACCAGACACCCCUGCACCUGGCAGUGAUAACUGGACAGACAAGGGUGGUGAGCUUUCUGCUGCAGGUGGGUGCAGACCCUGCAAUGCUGGAUCGGCAUGGAGACUCGGCCAUGCACCUGGCACUGCGGGCAGGUGCUGGAGCCCCAAACCUGUUGCAUGCACUGCUACAAAGUGGAGCUCCCACUGUGUCCCAGCUGUUACAUAUGCCUGACUUUGAGGGCCUGUACCCUGUACACCUGGCAGUUCGUGCCCGAAGCCCUGAGUGCCUGGAUCUGCUGGUGGACAGUGGAGCAGAAGUGGAGGCUGCAGAGCGGCAGGGGGGCCGAACAGCACUGCAUCUAGCCACAGAGAUGGAGGAGCUGGGGCUGGUUACACAUCUGGUCACCAAGCUCCAUGCCAAUGUGAACGCCCGCACCUUUGCCGGAAACACACCUCUACACCUGGCAGCUGGACUGGGAUCCCCAACCCUUACCCGCCUCCUUCUAAAGGCUGGUGCUGACAUCCACGCAGAGAAUGAGGAGCCUCUGUGCCCACUGCCUUCACCUCCCACCUCUGGGAGUGAUUCAGAUUCCGAGGGGCCUGAGAGGGACAUCCAGAGCAAAUUCCAGGGCCACAAGCCUCUUGACCUCACUCGCAGCACCAAGGUGAAGAACUUGCUGCUAAAUGCUGCUCAGAACACCACGGAGCCCCCCCUGACCCCUCCCAGUCCUGCAGGGCCAGGGCUGUCACUCGGAGAGACAACCUUGCAGAAUCUGGAGCAGCUGCUAGAUGGGCCAGAAGCCCAGGGUAGCUGGGCAGAGCUGGCAGAGCGGCUAGGGCUGCGCAGUCUAGUGGACACAUACCGGAAGACAGCUUCACCCAGCGGCAGCCUCCUGCGCAGUUACAAGCUGGCUGGUGGAGACUUGUCAGGUCUGCUGGAAGCCCUGUCUGACAUGGGUCUAGAUGAAGGAGUGCGACUGCUGCGAGGUCCUGAGACCCGAGACAAGCUGCCCAGCACAGCAGAAGUGAAGGAAGACAGUGCAUAUGGGAGCCAGUCAGUGGAACAGGAGGCAGAGAAACUGGGCCCACCCCCUGAGCCACCAGGAGGGCUCUGCCAUGGGCACACCCAGCCUCAGGUGCACUGAACUGCUACCUACCCUCCAGCCCUCUUCCUGAACUUCUCUGUACAGCAUCCCUAUCUAUUCCAAAUCUUAUUUAACACCCCAUGCCCACAACCCAGUUGGAGCAAAUAAAAGAUUCUCUGGGAGGACCCUCUUUCCAACUUA